AUGGCCAUGAUCUGUGCUUUGGGCGAAGACUAUGCCCAAUUCACAUCUAGCCUGAUCCUCAAGUCCUUGGACAAGAAGGAGCUCAAGGCCGCCUUCCUUGCUGAGGAAACCCAGCGCCGUCGACGUGCUGAUGCCCUUGGAGUGUCCUCUAGCGAUUCUGCCCUUGUCUCUGCCGCUGGGGCGCCGCCUAGUAGCUGUAAGUGCGGUGCUAAUGCUGUCUGCGACUUCUGUGAGAAGGCAGGCCAUUGUGUGCACAAGUGCUUUGCCAUGCAGCGCGCCAGAGAGGCGCACAAGACUAGGCAGGCGUCCAAUCAGCCUGGCAAGUCAGGCAGGAGGUCUAGGAACGCUAACAAGGCCUCUGAGGCAUCCUCUACCACGUCCCAGCCCUCCCCUGGGUCCAAUGCCUCGUCCAAUGCAUCCUCCAGUGUCCCUGCAUCUGCAAACACGUCCUCCACUGUCCAGAAUGCGACUGAGUUUGCUGGUAAUGCAAGUCUUCACUCUUUUGACACCUCUAGUCCUCUAUGCCCUCUCCAGCUUGAUGCUGACGUUGAUUGGAAUGCAGACACAGGGGCCACUUCUCAUAUGACCCCACAUCACCACUACAUUCGGAACUAUACCCCAAAAUGCGUGCCAAUUCGACUGGCAGACUCUACACCUCGAAUCAUUCAAUGGCCGAAUCAAACAUUAGAUGGAGUGGCUUGA